AUGAAGGCCUCAGUAGCAGCCGUCUUUGCUAUCACCAUGGUGCUGAGGGUGCAAGCGGCUGACCUGUCCUGCGGGAAGGGCGAGGUGUGUCCUGAGGGUCAUUGUUGCAUGGUCGGCGGCGGCAGGUACGAUUUGCCCAUCUGUACCCUGAAGGGUGUGAGUGGUGACUCCUGCCGGCCGAACAACCAACCAGAGGACUUGUGGCUGACCGCCUAUCCGGGCGAUGAGGGUUCUCUGUACACGGGCGUCUACAGGAACGUCUGUCCCUGCCUGAACGGCCUUCAGUGCGCCGAUGGAACCUGUACCUACUAG